UUUCCCAGCUUCGAACACACCAGCUUCGAGCGCUUCUGCUUCAAACACUUCAGUUCCAAAUACUCCAUCUUCGAGCACAAUCACACUCCAGCUUCCGACACUCCAGCUUCGAAGACGACUUAAAACUCACCAAAACAUCAUUUUUCAUCCAGAUCAAAGUAGCGGAUCGUUCACCUUUGCUAGGUCGUCAUGGCAGCUUCUCUGAGCACAGAAGACCUGAGUGCGCUGCAAGAAGAUGGCGUUCUCUUGCCCGGCCCUCAAGCUGGAAAGCGUAAGAUUUCAGCAUCUUUUAUUCUAACUCCUCCAUCCCCAGGACGUUCGUCUGCUUCUGGUACUACCUCGUCAACUAAGAGUACUGCGUCCGUCCGGUACUGCGAUACUCAUCCUCAUCAAGACGUUCCAGAUUUUCCAGACGAGCAAGAGAGUGCAGCUGCGUUGGAAUAUAUUGGGCUACAACCUGCAACUGCAAAGGAAAUUUUCGAACGUUGGCAAUCGCGCCCAGAUCCCGACCAAUGUCCAGAUGAGCUCUUGGACUAUGUUUACGGCCAUACAUCCCAACUGAACCAGACUUCCUGGCAAGGCUAUUCAGAUGCUGAGGCUCUUCAAAGACUCGGCAUUGCUCCCUGGCUCCGCAGCGUACUUCUUGAUCCCAGGUUCAAGGACAUCUACGAGACGGAAAGGCUUCAAUUCUGGCUUAACGAAACUUUCCGCGGCAACUACAGAUCUAUUGCGACUAUUCAACAGCAGCUGAAAGCAUACGUGAAAGAUCGUACACACAAGAAGAAGCAGAAACGUGCUAGUAUUAAAGACGCUUUCCAGUCUCCUCCGGGUGAAGCUUCUUCCUCCUCAGAUCCUACAGCCCUGGCGCAACAUGUGGCAACCAUGAGUCUUGCUAGUGAUAGCGGCCAUCUUCCUCAGAUGCAUAUAUCCAUUGGAGCUGCCGAACCCAUUCUUCCUGAUCAUAAAAUCUUCUACAAGGCUCAAGCCGUCGCUGAAAUGUCCGACUAUCACAUGUUCAUUGCCGAGGAUGGCUCGAUCAACAUGCAGGCAAUUUCAAGUUAUCGUGGAGGUGACUUUAACCCUGUGGACGAUGCUUGGUACUGGACUCCCGAGUAUGAGACUGUAGUCAAGUACCGAGACUGGGCAGUUCGUCGUAUACGUUCUGGCGAGGUUGUGAUCAUACGAAUACAAGUCCCAGGAUCUUUUCUUCAAACACUCCGUCAAGAAGAGCUUUGGUUUUCUGCAAACUGGAAAGAAUAUAUUUGGGCGUGCAAAAAACGAUUACCACGACCAGAGCAGACCGAUAUCAUGCUCGGCCAUAUCUGCUCCGGUGUCGCCCCGAAAAUCGCAAAGAUUCGACCGAAUGAAGUCCAGACAAUGAUUGACAAAGAUAAGGUAUUGAAGAUUGGAAAUAACAAGGCUACACAAUGGGUUGUCAUGCACGAGGAUGUUGCCGAAAAGCUGGCUCUACAGGUUAGAGGGAAGAUGCACAUUGAAAUCUUCUCAGCGACGGAGCCAAAGGACCAGUGAAAGGCACAAUCACAGGGAGCUUAGGCAUGAUCAAAGGAGCUCAGGAUUUAAUCAUGUACAAUCGCGCCGGCUCACGCUGGCUCAGGGCUCGUUCGGGUAUGCUCAGCUCAGGCUGCUUACUCAUAGCUCACGUUACACCCCUGCGUAACUCAUGGUCGAAUCCGGAAAAAGCUUAACUAGAGAGUAGAUUUCACUUGAUUAUUAUCCGCUAUUUCCAUCGCACGACUUGUCUUUUUCGGACAAGUUGACCUUGCUGAUCCCGAUUUCACAUACCUAUCUGGUACUCUCUACCUCUUCACUGCUAUGGAACCUUUACUCGCCACUACACUCGCGUGUAUGCCACUGUUACGCCCUGCUGGAGAUUCGAUCGCCAACUCUGCGGUUAUGUCAUGGUUCAAAUCUAUUACUUCUUCAAUCAGUUCUUUUAAGGAUGGCAGCAAGCUCUCAACAGGC